AUGACCUUUGACCGCGCAAAGAACCACUGGCGAAGUUCGCGGCACCAUUGCAACCAACUAGUGCAGCGUGUUAGCUGGGCAUAUCUGUCGUCUCCGCCUCGUUGGCUUUAUUCGCAUUCCAUCUUCUUUACUCGCAGUUCAGGUCCCGACUCAAAAUCGAUCACCAAGCGUCCAGUGCCACCGCUAUGUUUAGCUUUCCUUCCAAUCCCUCAGCGAGUUGACAUGCCAAACAAACUUAGUGCUCUUCAGUCGCUACUUCUUCAGCGCCUUUGCGGCCAUCCCCACGUCAUUCAUUCAUCAUAAGCUCAUUGACUAUAAAAUUUGCGUGUACCUUUAUUAUUCACAGAUCACAUUACUUAUUGGGCUGGCCCACGCACCAAACUUCCUUUCGGGGAGGGGGCAGUGUACGUUCUCCACUGUCUUGAGUCUCUCAUCUCUGCGCCUACCAACUUCUUGUCGUACUUUUACAUUGUCACACUUUAGUUUCGUUCAUUUUUCUCACUGUUUCCUCCUCCUCCUCCACCGCCCUCUUGUGAUCGAUCUCGUCGGCUGAUCUCCCUCGUGAUGUGUCGUCGUCACAUUUUCUUUUUUUGAUGCAUAUACACAUGCACAGCAAUCGCUCUGCACAUAAUGUUCAUUCGAGACUCACAUCAGCACUAUUCUUCUUUUCGAAUAUCCCACCUCGUCAUCGUCUUGAAUUGAGCAACUCGA